AUGGGCGCCGACUACUAUAAGCUUUUAGGCGUUUCUCGAGACGCCAGUGAAGAUGAAAUCAAGAAGGCGUACAAGAAAAUGGCUCUGAAGUGGCAUCCAGACCGCAAUGCAGGGUCUGAAGAAGCCUCAACGAAGUUUAAGGAGAUUUCAGAAGCAUUUGAAGUCCUCAGUGACAAGAACAAGCGAACUAUAUACGACCAGGUUGGGGAAGAAGGUCUAAAAGGCGGAGGGGCUGCGCCUGGCGCUGGUUUCCCUGGCUUCUCUAGUGGUUUCUCUGGCUCUUCAGGCUUUCCAGGGGGAAGCUCAUUCUCAUUCACGUCUGGCCCUGGUGCGCACGCAAGGACGCAUGGGUUCGCACCAAGCGACCCGCAAAAAAUAUUCGAGCAAAUAUUCAACCAAUUUGGCGGCAUGGACGGCGGUUUCGGGAGCAUGGGCGGCUCUGGAGGCGGAGGUUUCGGGGGCAUGGGCGGCUCUGGAGGCGGUGGCAUGGGUGGCAUGAACGGCAUGGGAGGUAGGAGUGGCAUGAGUGGCAUGAACAGAGGUCCAAACAUUUUUGACGAUGACGAAAUAGGUGGUGGAUCUUUCUUUGGAAUACCGGGGGGCAUGCCAGGGCGACAAGCUCCCAGACGUCAAUCGACAUCAUCGACAUCAGCCCCAGCCCCAGCCCCAUCAGAGACCACUCGCCCACUAAAACUCUCGCUUGAAGAUCUAUAUUCAGGUGCUACCAAACACCUGAAGGUCAGUAGACGACUAUUGGACGGCACCACGGAGGAAAAGGUUCUUGAAAUCCAAGUUCUCCCUGGCUGGAAGAGCGGCACGAAGAUACGCUUCCCUCGAGCCGGCAAUGAACAGCCGAACGGCGAGGCACAAGAUCUGGUCUUCGUUGUGGAGGAAAAGCCACACGAGGUUUUCACGCGGGAAGGAGAUGAUCUGAUUUGCCGCCUAAAGAUACCCUUGAUUGAUGCACUCACAGGAGCAGACGGAAGAAGAACUGUCGAGACAUUGGACGGCCGAAAAUUGCAGAUCUCGUUGCCUGCUGGCAUUGUGAAACCCAAUCAAGAGACCAGAAUUCCCAACGAAGGGACGCCGAUUAGAAAGCAGGGCAGCAUGAAAAAGAAAGGAGACCUCAUAGUGCGAUGGGAUAUCGUAUUCCCAGACCGUCUUACGCCCGCACAGAAGGAGGGACUGAAAAAGGUGUUGAGAUAA